AAGUUUUGUUCUCAAGUCCCAGUGGGGAGAGAGAGAGAAAAGACCAGAAGACUUGCCUGCAGAAUUCUGAGAGCAGAGUGAUGAGUGCGACAUUUUGAAUAAUCUCUUUAUCUUCCCCCUUCUCACAAUUUUCACCAUCUCUCUCUCUCUCUCUCUCUUCUAGUCCACCCUCUCUCUAUCGUACCCUAUCAUGUAGUAUAAAAAGGGGGGGAAGACGAAGGCCUAAAAAGCUCAGCUAAAGACUCGCCAGAAUUUAGAGACUUGGUGAAAAAGCAAGCAAAGCUAAUUAAGCUUCAAUUAAAUUUCUGGGAUCUUCGUUAAUUUUAUGGCAGUUUUGCCAGAAAAAAUGAGCCAACAGAACCAAGAUGAGAGGUGCCAGAAGAACACUGAGGAGGAGGCGGCCGCCGCCGCCGCCGACGACCACGAACACGACAUGGUGAUGCCCGGAUUCCGCUUCCACCCCACGGAGGAAGAGCUCGUCGAAUUCUAUCUCCGGCGGAAGGUGGAAGGCAAGCGUUUCAACGUAGAACUCAUCACUUUUCUUGAUCUUUAUCGCUACGACCCUUGGGAACUCCCUGCAUUGGCAGCUAUAGGGGAGAAAGAGUGGUUCUUCUAUGUGCCCAGAGAUCGCAAGUACAGAAACGGCGACAGACCCAACCGGGUAACCACUUCCGGCUACUGGAAAGCCACCGGCGCCGAUAGGAUGAUUCGCGGCGAGAAUUCACGGUCUAUUGGGUUGAAGAAGACGCUGGUUUUCUACUCCGGCAAGGCCCCCAAAGGCAUCCGCACUAGUUGGAUUAUGAACGAAUACCGCUUGCCACACCACGAAACUGAACGCUUGCAAAAGGCGGAGAUUUCACUUUGCCGCGUCUACAAAAGGGCGGGGGUGGAUGACCACCACCCAUCUCUGCCGCGCUCUCUCCAGACCAGCCGGGCCUCCGCCGCCGCCGCCGCCUCGUCCUCGUCUUCCCGGGGACCCGCCGCCGUUAAGAAGCUCCAGGAACCCUCGUUUUCGCCUUACCAGGUGGCGGAGGAGAAGAUAAGCGCAGAAACCAGCGCGAGUAGCAGCACCGAAGUCGGGACUUCGCUUGGCCUCUCCAGCUACCAAAGCUCUUACGCCGCCGCCGCCGCGCCGCCCUCGGCGCCUUUCUUCUCCGCUUCCUCCUCCGCCGCCUCCGUCGACGACCUCCACAGGCUAGUCAACUCCCAACAACAGAUCUCCCUCCAACACCCCCAACUCUUCCAAACCCUCUCCUCCCCGUUCCCGCCGCCGCCAUUGCUGCACCCCCUCCCGCCGCAGCCCUUGGCGCUCCCGCCGGGAUCUCUCCACCAGGCUGCCGCCGCCGCCGCUUUCUCCGAUAGACUGUGGGAUUGGAGCUCAAUGGGAGAACCAAGUAGAGACUAUGGCGCUGGCAAUCCAUUCAAGUAACACUAUUAUUACAUUCAUGAAGAUGAUGAGAUAAGUAUUUUAAUUUACAUACUUAAAAAUGUCCCACUGCACUAAUUUAUUUUCGACUUUAAUUUCAAAGACUUAUCACACGUUAUGAUGAUAAUGUAAAACUUCUCUAAUAAUAGUAUCAAUCAAUUAAGGUGUUACGUUGCA